UUUGUCUGGGGUGUGUUUUAGGAGGGAUGCAUCUAAAAGUUGCAGUCUGGAGGACUGCACCUGGGCACUCCUGAUUUGUAACGUCAAUGUGGCCUAUUGAGGGUGGCCAAUAAGCUGAAGUGGCCCUCGGGGAAAUUGAGUUUGACACCCCUGAGCUAAGCAGAGCUGCAUUCAGCUGUAAAGUUUGUUUUUAUUCAAACUUCAACAGUUUUCUAGUUGUUCUGGUGAGAUAGUGACAUCAAUUUGUGACAUCAUGCGAAUUGAUGUCACAAAGGGAAUUGAUGUCGCUCUUGUGGUACAAGAGUGACAUCACAAAGCUGUACGGUCAUAACCAUUGCAGAAUUCAGAGAGCAACUACGAUUGUCAAAAGCAAACACGUUUGUCCAGACACAAGACUUAAUAAUGAGUGAGAGCAGUAAGGCAUCCUGUUCUGAUCAAACAGAACAGAGCUUAGCCAGAGAAACGGAAAGACUCACAGGCAUCUUGAAAGACCUUAACAAGAUAGCUAUCGAGAGACAACAUCUGAUUCAAACAAAUGAGGAGCUGAAGACGGAUAUAGAACAGGCUGCUCAAGAAAAACACAAACUCCUUCGGGAUAAAAAUGAGCAAUUCGAAAAUCUGUUGACAGCGAACAAAACUUUAAAUGAGCACAAGAUGACCCUGGAGCAGAGACGUACCGCCCUGGAGAAGACAAAGACCGCGCUGGAGCAGAGAAACAAUGCUCUUGAGCAGAGAAACACUGCCCUGGAGCAGACGAACACCACCCAGGAGCAAAUAGAUGACACUCUGGAGGACAUAAACGACACCCUGGAGCAGAUUAACGACGGCCUGGAGCAGAAGAACUACGACCUGGAGCAGAGAAACACCACCCUGGAGCAGGAAAUGGCCACUCUGCAGGACACGCACAACAAGCUUACGCAUAGAAAUACCACCCUGGAGAACAGACUCACCGCAGUGGAGCAGAAUUACAUGGCCCUGGAAAUGGAAAUGAUCGCCCUGGAGAAGAGAAACAUCGCCCUCAAGCAGACAAACAUCACCCAGGAGCAGAUAGACAACGAUCUGGGGGAGAUAAAUGCCAACCUGGUCCAGAUUAACAACUCUCUAGAGCAGAGAAUCACUGUAGUGGAGCAGGGUUACACGACCUUGGAGCAGAUUAACUCCACCCUGGAGAAGAAAAACUCUGCCCUGGAGAAGAGAAACGUUGCCUUGGAGCAGAGAAACGCCACCCUGGACCAGAGAUACGUCGAAAUGAAGCAGAGAAACACCGACCUGGACCAGAGAUACGUUGCCCUGGAGCAGAGAAACCCCWUCCUGGAGCAGAGAAACGCCRYCCUGGACGAGGAAACGACCAAACUGUUGGAGGAUAUCAMYGGACUGGAGGAGGAUUAUGACAAUCUGCUGGAGMAAACMAACGAGCUGCUGGAGAAAAACGACAUCCUCGAACAGGAAAACAACAUCUUGGAGGAAGAAAACGAAGCCCUGAAAGUGAAUCGCACCGUCCUGCAGCAGAGAAGCCUCACCUUCCAGCAGCAAAAUACCRYGUUGGAGCAGCAAAACACCGCCUUGGAGCGUAUGAGGACCGAACUGGAGCUUGAAAUUCAACAGCUGAACAGUAGGCUGAGGGACAGAGAGGAGCAGCAGAGCCAGCAGCCAUCUGAAGAAGAAACCCAUGAAGACAGUCAGUCGGUUACAUACCAGCCACAGGAGCAGCCAUCUAUAUUCAAACGUGUGGUCAGGGGCUUCACCAAUACUCUUGUGAAAAUGUAUAAAACAGGCACACUGAGGUAUUGGGUCGAACUCUAGUACUUCUAAAUAAAGAAGUCUCUUGAGGGC